AUGUCGGUGGUUAACGUCUUUAUCCACGCGCCCUCGACGCUUGUCUCCGCCGAGCGUCGCAUCCCCUCCACUAUCCGGCUGCACGACCUCAAGUACCGGCUCGAAUCGAUCGUUGGCGUCCCUCCCUCGAACCAGAUCCUCGAGAUCCACUCUGCGCGCACCGACCAUGAGCAGCAAUCCACCCUCCCGGGUCCUUCGCCAUUCGCCUCUUCCGUCCGCUCGACACUCCUCACCGCCAUCCCGCAGAAUUCUCCGUUCGAGGACCGAACACUAGAAGACCUUGGCGUGGUCGACGGUAUGGCGCUCAAAAUCCUCGAUACUCGCCCCAAGGAGCUCAUCCAGACCUACACAGACGAGAGCCUCGUCGAAAAAUACGUCAUGGACGACGACACGUACGCUGCGAGACGGGAUACCGUGCUGGCGUUCAAGCAGCGGAACAAGCUCGGCAGGUUCGAUCCGAGCAAGGAUGGCACCUCGAGCACCGCAUCCGUGGAAAUCGACGUGCCCGAGGGGCUCGAGGCUGGGGCGAGGUGUCAGGUGGAUCUCUCGGGCACCGGGACAAAUCAGAGAAAGGGCACGGUGCGGUUCGUAGGCAUGACACAGUUCGCAACAGGCACAUGGGUGGGCGUCGAAUACGACGAACCCGUGGGCAAGAAUGACGGCUCCGUGGCAGGCGAACGAUAUUUCACAUGCAAACCCAACUUUGGCGGAUUCGUACGGCCAGAUAAGGUCCAGGCCGGCGACUUUCCAGCAGACGACUUUGAUCUUGAGCUCGACGAUGACGACGAGGAAAUGUAG